AUGGUAUGUGCGCAGCAUCACCUAGUACUGGGGUUGGGGCCGAUGAGGCCGGUGUGGGGCCGAAAGGGCGUGCAGGCGUGCUGCAAACUGGAGGGAGAAGAGGUGAUGAUGAAAGCAGGUUUCCAAAAUAAACUACCCCAGGAGGGUACCACCAAGGGUGGAGAAUCCCUCCCUGAGUCCAACUCAGGCUGCCCCACGUAUUCUGGGGGGGGCAAAAACGUGCACAGAGAUUCCGACACUGAGGAGGUGGGUUCCCAGGCCUCCUCAGUGCCAAAGACUACUGGACCCGACGACCUUGGCGCGAUAACGGACACUGAUUUUAUUUAUGGUGAUGAACCAAGAGGUUCAGAAACGCGUGCUGCUAGGGCGCGCGGUAAAAAGAAUAAUAGAAGAGGCAGCAGGGUGCCGGUCAGAGGGGGUUCCUCCUCUGACAGAGGUGCCCUCGGUGGAGCUGGGCUGGACGGCUCGAUCAUUUCGGACCGUGGGAUGGCAAGCGCAGGCUCAACGAACAGCGUGGCCACGCUGCACUCUGUUUCGUACGAGGAAGACCGACUUUGGGCGAAGCGAAGGCGGUCUCCUGACGCAAGCUGUUCGGCCUUUUCUACUGAUGAGGAAGGAGUGCGUAGAGCGCACCGCGCUAAAAGGGGUAAAGGGCGCCCAGCCACCUCAACACAGGCGAGUGUUACGAGGCAGGCAUAUUUGCGGGCCCAGCGAAGGGAUCUAGGAAGCGACAGGAGUGACUUGGAGCGGUCAAAUGUCCCUCCCCGGUCGGAAGAGGAGCGGACCUCUGCUCCCCUCCCUCCACCACCGGCUCCUGGUGUUUUUGCUCCACUAAAUGGCACGGAAACGGCGGCUGCUCUAGGCCGUCGCAUUGAAGCCGGGCUAGCAUCUAUAAACGAGGUCCGGACGAAAUCCCGCAAUUUGAAAGGUGUCUUCGUGCGGGACCUUAAGGAGGCCUCAGAUGUGAUCCGCGAGGCGGCCGGACUCUUGCAGGAGCGCACAAUGACAGAAGAGGCCCGCCGCCUUCAAGCUGCGAACGACCGGUUGCAGGUGGAGUUGGACGGCCUGCGCAAAGAAGUAGCCGAGCUAAAAGCGGCCCAAAGCGCAGGUCCCAGUGGAGGAAACGCCGACCUGAUAAAGGAAAUAAUGCGCCAGGUCGGUGAAAUGGUGAGCGCCAGGCUGGAAGAUAUCAGCGACCGGCUGCUCCCGGAAAGGCGUCUCCGACCUCCGCUAGCGGCGGACCGUAGAGCGUUAGAGCGGGAAAAAGGCCCUGCACCGGCUGAGAGCUUCCCUCCACUUCCUGCAGCCAGAAUACCCGCUUCGAGAAGCAGAGCAGCUCCUCCAAGGACCGAGCCUGUGCCUAGAGCAGCCGAAAACCAGUCAACUAUGGGUGCACUACCCUCGCAGGGUGGGUCAAAGAAAAAAGGCGGAAAAAAGAAAAACCAUACAGAUAAAGAAGCGGGUGCAAAUGCGCCUUCCGAUGUUACCACCUCACAGCAACGGUCUGACGAGGGUUGGACCGUUGUAGGGAAGCGCAAUAGGAAAAAAAAGAAGCGAAACGUCCGGCAAACCCGGAAGGUUAGGAAGCUCUGGGUUCCGUCUACGUCGGCGGUGGUGAUAGCAAUCCAGCCGGGUGCUGAGGACCGUGGCAUUAGCUUUGCCUCGGUGCUGAAGGAGGCCAAAGCCAAAAUUGACCUAGCCGAAAUCGGUAUAAGUGCGGUUCGCUUUAAGCGAUCCGCCACUGGUGCUCGCAUUUUAGAGGUUCCCGGCGCCGCUAGCUCGGAGCAGGCCGAUGUGCUGGCGGUCAAACUGAGAGAGGUCUUAGACAGCGAAGUGGUUAAGGUGUCCAGGCCAGUGAAGAGCGAAGAGCUGCGUAUUACUGGGCUCGACGACUCAACCUCAGCGGACGAGGUUGCAGAGGCCGUGUGUCGGGUCGGGGAAUGCUCCGCAGAGCAAGUUAAGUGCACAGGCUUGCGAUCUGGACCUAGGGGCAUUGUUACGGCCUGGAUCAACUGCCCGGUGGCAGCUGCAAAAAAGCUUUCAAAAGCGGGCCGCAUUCAAGUUGGAGGCCAUGUGGACCGCAGCACUAUCUGCUAUCGUUGUGGGGAUACCGGACACAAAGCUGGCCAGUGCACUGCCGCGGCCGCACGUUGUGUUCUUUGUGCGGAGGCAAAACGUCCGUCGGAUCACCGGCUUGGGAGCAAAGCCUGUAAAACUAAGGCUAAGAAAGGAAAGCAGGCGCGUGAUGGCUCGGAGGCCCCCUCACUCACUGCUCCGGCACCCACUGAGGCGCCGACUGUUGAGGCAGCGGCUAUGGAAACAUAA